UUUAGGUAAGCGUAUUUACAGAAACUGCACGCAAUGUGCAAAUGGCUCCUUAUCGUUUUUUUAUUUUAUUUAGUGCCACGUAGGCACGGUCUUAAAAACCAUGGUUCCUUGAAUAAGGUGUUCCUUAAUAAGCUUUUUGAUGAAAUCGACAACCGGUUUCUAGAAGUAGAAAAAAACCAAAGAACCUUAGGCAUUCAUCAGCAGUCAUGUAACAACAGUUUGAUUCACAGAAACGGAUCCUCUUUGAUGUCGAGCAUAAAAAAGCAGUUCAUUCUUUUGAAACAACUGAGCGAAACUGAGUGCCAAAAUGAAUUUUAUAACAACUUGAAAACUAUUCGAUCGCCAUACAGACCACAUGAACAUUUUGCCUAUAUACCAGAAAAUGAGGAUUGGACUGAUCGUCCAGAAAGUUCUCGCCCGCGUCCACCUCCACCACGACCACCGCCACGACCUCCACCAAGACCUCCUCAAAGACCUCCACCGAGACCUCCACCACCACCACCUCGUCCUUCAACUAAACUUCCUCCCAAGGUUACGGCCUCCACCAAGAAUCCCUGUGAAUCAAACCACGGAAAUCACGGAAAUAAGAUAGUAGUUCCGGAAAUUGUUCUUCCACCAGGAUUUGAAAUCCUUGAAAUAGAAAUACAAAACACGUGUCAAAACGGACAACAGAGUAAAUAA